AUGUUUUCCCCCUUCCCAGCUCAACAACGUGGCAUUUGUGCUGCUCAUAAUGGCAUCACCACCAAUCCUCCUCGCUUUGCUCUUCACGCCGCUCUUCCUCGCCCCCGGCUUCGCCUUCCCACCAGACAGCCCCGACUCAACAACGUGGCAUUUGUGCUGCUCAUAAUGGCAUCACCAGUCCUCCUCGCUUUGCUCUUCACACCACUCUUCCUGAGCCUCGCCUCGGGUUUCGCCUUCCCACCAGACAGCCCCGAGUUCGAAUCCCUCGACCUCCACACUAUCCUCUACAGCCCGCUCGCCCCACCUCUCGACCAAUGGGAGCGCGCCAGCAGGGCGGGUCCGGUGGCGGUGGCGGCAUGCUGGGUGUGUGCUGCGCUCAUGCGUGCAGGGCAGUGGCUCCUCUCUCUCUGCACCACGUUCGGAGGAUCGCCGCUGCAGGUGCUCUCGCCCCCUGCACUCGUGCUCUCCAAUAUUCUCACGCUGCUCGCACAGCUCAACUUCGUCGCAGGUGGGUGCCCGCUGGUGCAGGUGGGUGCUUCCUCACCGAUGUGCGUCUCUGCACUCUGCUUACCCUGGCCUCCUCACUCUCACCUCCUCACUUUGACCUCCUUACUCUCACCUCCUCACUUUGACCUCCUCGCUCUCACCUCCUCACGCUGCUCUCGCAGCUCAGCUUUAUCUUCCUCUCCAGAGUCUGCCUCUGCACUUUCUCACUCUGUCCCUCUUCUCGUUUCAACUCCUCUUUACUCCUCAGCACCCCCUUUUUGCUUCCUUCUACGUCGUUUCCUCUCCCCUCCCAUGGCCACUGUUUGCUCCCAUCACCCGCCCAGCAGAGACGGUGCGGUGUUCUCGCUUUUGAGACGUCUCAAAAGUCACUCAUUCUCUGCUCUCCCCCUCUGCACCCCCACUGUUGUUCCCCCCUCCCCUCCCAUGGCCAUGUUCCUGUCUCCUCUACCCCCUGUCAACAUAUUCUUUCCCCCUCCUUCCCCUCGCACCCUCUCCUCCAUCCGCGUCCCCCCUGCUGCUCUCUUGCAUAGGCAAACUCCCUCACUCCUCUUGCUCUCUUGCUGGAUUCUCACGGCACGGUUUGCCCUGGUGGGGCUGAACUCGCACGAGCUGGUGAACGUGCCUUUUUACCAGACUCAAAACCAACCUCCCUCCUCCCUCUCCCCCACUCGCUCACGUACGAACCACAGGAUUCUCACGGCACGGUUUGCCCUGGUGGGGCUGAACUCGCACGAGCUGGUGAACGUGAAACUCGCCCUCUCGCUGCGCCUCUUCCUCCCAUCCUCUUCCGGGGAGGUGCACUGCUGCCUGCACGACCUGCAGCUCGUCAAAUCCGAGCUGCCCUACAUGCGCUUUGGCUUCAAUCUGCGGCACAUAGUGGAUGACUCUAGCCCCUUGCACGGCCUCUCACUCAGUGACCUGCUGGCAGCAGACGCCUCUCUCUCGCUCACCAUAUCCGGCCUUGAGCGCACCUCAAUGCAGCCGGUCUUUGUGGUCAAGGUGAGUCAACGUGAGUCAAUGGGAGUCAAGGUGAGCCCCCUGCACGACCUCUCACUCAGCGACCUGCUGGCAGCAGAUGCCUCUCUCUCGCUCACCAUAUCCGGUCUUGAGCGCACCUCCAUGCAACCGGUCUUUGUGGUCAAGCCAGUCUCUGUGGUCAAGGUGUGUCAACGUGGUCAAAGUGAGUCACUGUGGUCUAGCAUCAGCAUGGCUUCGGGGCUCGCUUCUGUGUCCGCGCUUCUUCUUUUCGCCACGGCGCUGGCGUGCGUCGCGCGCGCCGCGACGGCCGCGAAGAUUUCGCAGAUGUACGUUUUCGGCGACGAGUCGGCGGACGUCGGAAACGCGAAUUACUUCACCCGCGCGACCGUGAAGGCAAACAAGCUGCCGUACGGCGUCAACUUCAAGCCCGCGUCGGGCCGCUUCUCCGACGGAAAGCUCGUCGUUGACUAUCUCGCCGACUUCCUCGUGAUUCCCUCGCCGCGCGCCGAUCUCGCGCCCCGCAAUGCGUCGCUUCCUUUUAGCGGAAUCGACUUCGCCAUUGCUGGAGCCGGCGCUAAAUCCGGCACCAACGCCGGCAAGACGCGCGGGCUGCAGCAGCAAUUCAACGAGUUCAAGAAGUGGUUCAACGAGGCCAAGCGCACCAACAACCCAGACCUCAAGCUAGACGAGGCGCUGUUCGUGAUCAGCAUCGGUGCCAAUGACUACAUUCCAGAGCUGAGCCACGCGCAGCCCAACAUGACGACCCUCGUCGCCAUAGCUUCCUCUGUUUCCAACACCAUUAUCAACAUCACCCAGUCUCUCUACAACCUCACCGGCUCCUCUAACAUUCUCAUUAUCGAUCUGCCGAACCUCGGCUGCACUCCUGUCGUGCGCCAUGCGGCGAAAUCCGGAAUCAACUGCACGGACGCAGGUAACCAGGUUACCAUAAUUCAUAAUUUCGCGCUGCUGACGAAGACGGACAAGCUGAGGAACAACCCGGCCCUGCCCAUGCCAAACCUGGUGCUCUUCAAGCAAUCAUCUGUCUUCAAGACCAUGAUCCAAGUCCCCACCUCUGUGAUGCACUCAACAUCCCUUAAUCCUGCAACAACCCACCCCUCCCUUCCCCCACCAGGGCUGACGAAUCAAACGCACCCGUGCUGCGAGGCCAUGAGAAGCACGGGGGUGGUAGUGCCGUGUGCGCAGACCAGCGGAACCGGCAAGGCAGCUGUCACGGCAGGGGCGUGUGCGGCGCCUGGCAAGACCCUGUGGUGGGACGAGCACAACCCCACGCAGGCCGUGAACCAGAAGGUGGCCAACACGCUCUUCUUCUCCACCAACCCCGCCAUGGUCCGCCCCAACGGCCUCCGCAAGUUCUACUCGCUGUAA